GGGGGCUCGGCGCGCUGGGAACCGCGGGACCGGGACCUGGGCGCCGCCCGCCGCGGGGGGACGCACGGCCCCCGCCGAGCGCCACACAAAACCCCGAUUCGGGAAUCGCUCGCGGCCGGCCGGCUGAGCCGCUCCCCGCCGCACGCACCCCCAGGCCCACCCCCAUCCGGGACCCCCAGCAGCCCCUGGGCGGGCCGGCCGGUGGGCGCGAUGAGCCAGGUGCUGGGCAAGUCUCAGCCGCAGGACGGAGACGACGACGACGAGGAGGAGGAUGAGCUGGUGGGGCUAGCGGACUACGGGGACGGGCCCGAGUCCUCGGACGCCGACCCGGACAGCGGGACGGAGGAAGGAGUUCUGGACUUCAGCGACCCGUUCAGCUCGGAGGUGAAGCCCAGGAUCCUGCUGAUGGGCUUGAGGCGGAGCGGCAAGUCGUCCAUUCAGAAAGUCGUCUUCCACAAGAUGUCGCCCAAUGAGACGCUCUUCCUGGAAAGCACCAACAAGAUCUGCCGGGAGGACGUCUCCAACAGCUCCUUUGUCAACUUUCAGAUUUGGGAUUUCCCCGGGCAGAUCGACUUCUUCGACCCCACCUUUGACUACGAGAUGAUCUUCCGGGGCACAGGAGCCCUCAUCUUCGUUAUCGACUCCCAGGAUGACUACAUGGAAGCCCUGGCCAGGCUGCACCUCACGGUGACCAGGGCCUACAAGGUGAACACCGACAUCAACUUCGAGGUGUUCAUUCACAAAGUGGAUGGCCUGUCAGAUGACCACAAAAUUGAAACCCAGAGAGAUAUUCACCAGAGAGCAAAUGAUGACCUGGCCGAUGCUGGAUUGGAGAAAAUUCACCUGAGCUUCUAUCUGACGAGCAUAUACGAUCAUUCGAUAUUUGAAGCUUUUAGCAAAGUGGUGCAGAAAUUGAUUCCACAGCUCCCGACUCUGGAGAAUUUGCUAAACAUCUUUAUCUCCAAUUCGGGAAUCGAAAAGGCAUUUCUUUUUGAUGUGGUCAGCAAAAUCUAUAUCGCAACUGACAGUACUCCAGUGGAUAUGCAAACCUAUGAACUCUGCUGUGAUAUGAUAGAUGUGGUUAUUGACAUUUCUUGUAUUUAUGGUCUCAAGGACGAUGGAGCAGGCACCCCCUAUGACAAGGAGUCCACAGCUAUCAUCAAGCUAAACAAUACAACUGUGCUGUAUUUGAAAGAGGUGACCAAGUUCCUGGCUCUCGUCUGCUUUGUUAGAGAGGAAAGCUUUGAACGAAAAGGACUCAUUGACUAUAAUUUUCAUUGCUUCCGGAAGGCCAUCCAUGAGGUUUUUGAGGUCAGAAUGAAAGUGGUGAAAUCUCGGAAGGCUCAGAGUCGGCUGCAGAAGAAAGGCGCCACCCCUAACGGCACACCCCGGGUCCUGCUGUAGGGGCGGCCGCCAGAGCAUCUGUGGGACCGACCCUGGACCCUUGCGAGGCUGCUGCGCUGAUGCUCCACAGCAGAGGCAGGACACUGUGACACGGGACAUGGACAUGUUGUAAAAAAAAAGAAAGAAGUACCACCCUGCAACCCUCUCGAUCUUCUCUUUUUUAAAUAAAGUAAGCACUUUGAAGCAAAAACUUGCAUAUCAACAAUGAAGUGAAAUCCACUGUACUUUCGUUACACCAAUGUAAACUUUUGUGAUCUCUAAUCAUAAAAAUGCAAGUGAGAACUGCCGGGAACUGUACAUAUUUUGCACUUUUUCAUUUUUUUUCCUCACUGAACAACUUUGAUAAAACGACUUUUCUAAGCGAAUUUUCUGCUUUGGUGUCAAGCACUUGCUAUGGCAAUCAGCAGUGAAUGCAAAAGGGCUGUGGUGGCGGGCGGGCUGCUGCCGGGUGUUGAGGCCAGGCGGCUUCCAGGGCAGCCCUGUUGGUCGCCAGGGGAACAGGACUUCUGCGGACUAUCCUUAGCACCCAGCUCGCCUCCAAGUUUCUGUCACGUGGCUGCACUCCCCACUUGGGAGUUCUGGCAAAGUUCUUUACCUCCGCACGCCUCUCUGGGCUCCCAGGCUGUAGAGAGGUGGUUUUUUUACACUAUGUUACUACUGUUCAGAGACUCCAGGCCUGGAUUUCCAGAAUGGUGCCAAUCCCUGGAGAGAAAUAAGGCCGCCGCCAAAUGGUAGCAUUUUGGAAGACUUUUCCGUAGGUACCGCAAAGGGCCAAAGGUUUCCCUUUGUAGGUGCCUGACUGCCGCCUACACGCAAAGCAGCAUACACAGUAGCGUUUGGUUCCUGGGUAAUGGCUGCAUAUAAAGGUCAGCGUAGAAAACCGGUCUCAGCUCCCCAGCUUAAAGCAUCAUCCUGUCCAUCUUCUCCUAGGCUCCUUUUCAUCUCUGGUCCUGUGCCUCGCGUCCUCUGCCUGUCCCUACCUUAUGCUGCAGCUCAGCCGGCUACCAGUGUCCCCAGCAGUACUGGGGAGCCUGCCCGGAGGCCGACUGCUUGGCCUUGUUCAUGUGACAUUCUCUCACCCAAUCAAAAGUCCUAAAUCUACCCUUAGGUCCGACUAUUCCAGGUAGAUAAUUCUGAGAUCAGAUCAAGGGAUAGCAUACUGAGGCCUGCUUGGGGUGGGGGUAAGGCAUUAGGAAAGAGUUUCUGGUGUUUUGAAAGCAGAGCCUCCUGGGGUCAUCAGGGCUGGUCCUGGCAAAAUACAAAGUUCUGAAAGUAACGUACCCUUCAAGCUGGCCCACUUCUCCCCAUGGCUUCUUUCCAUCCUUUGCCGUUCUUUCCUCAAAUCCUGUUCCUCUACAGCAGGUGGCCGAGGCUGAAGAUGGGAGCUGGUUGGGGUUAACAUCUGAGCUUCCCAAAGGGCUGUAUAUUUUGGAAGGAGAGGUUUGAAAAUAAUGAAGGCACCUGACUCCUGUCCGUAAAUCUGGCUGGGCAGGAGUGCGGGAUCCCAGGGAAAUCUUCAUCUCUGGAGUUGUCCAAGCUGUCCCCUGUCGGUCCUUUGCCAACAGGAGUGGGCACAUGUGGGUUGUGCUUAGAAAUCUAAUUCUCUAUUUUUUUUUUUUUUUACUAAACAUUUCUCUUUGAAUAAGCAAAUAAAGAAUCACUUUUCUAAUAGGACUUUAUCCUCAAGAUCAAGACAUGUGCCUGUCUGGAAACUCCUGUAUUCCUUAGGUUAUAGGGGUUGCCGUCCCCAGUGGAACUUCCAUUUCUAAGCUGGGUAUGUGUUGAGUGGUUGUUAAACUGUGCCUUAAACAGCCUAUUACUUCAAGAGCAAAUGAUUCUUUGGGGGAAAGGCAAAAAUUAUCCUAGGGAACUGGAGUCAAGUUCAUGCUAGUAAGUGUUCACUUGAUUAAUCCUACACUAAUAAUAGAUUAAUCCUCAAGCUUUACCUUUGACCUCUUAAUGGGUAGAAGCCGUGGGAGCUGUACACAUUCAGUUUUUCAGGUCUGGGCUAUUGAAAUACAACACCUGUGGAAGUUCUUUUACAUUGGAUUUCUGAAACAGAAAGUGGCGUAUUGCAAGGCACAUGGCCACAUUUGCUCCUCAGAUCUGCGGCUGGAACCACGAAGCUCAGACACAGCGCCCUGGGGGCCGUCCUAGCACAUCUUGACUUGGUCAUGAGGAUUGAAAACUUGACCUGUCCUUGUCAGGGCAGGCAUGGCAAUCCUGGGCCUUUUCAGUCCUUCAGAACUUCCACGUAGAAGUGACUGAAUGCUCACCUGGCAUUUUCUGUGAUGUAGGUUAGUGUGUGACCUGUAUGGAGUCUUUUUUUUUUUUCUUUUAAGAAACAUAAAUUAAAAAAAAAAAAGAAAACUAUCACAAAUAGUGUUAUGCUGUGCACAUUCUGUUUGGGGGCCCUUGAGUAGAGGAUGAGCAAGAUCACAGCAAUGCUGUCCUGUGUGGUUUAUGGCAGCUCUGAAGCAUACUGUAGCUGGACUGUUUGCAAGUUCAGUUUGUACAGACUGGCAUGUGUAAGCAGACACGGUCCAUGUUUCACUGUAAGCAGUACAGCAUUUGUAAUGAUGGUUAAACCCUUGACUUUUAAGAAUGUUAAAAAGCGUGUGUCACGAUGUUAAGACCCUCAUUUUCUUUCCUGUGUAUUCAUGGAUAAGCUUUCCGGGAGCAGAAUGGUCUCUUGGGUGAAAAGGCAGUGUGACCUGUCACAUCUGUGAGGUUGUUGACCAUGAAUGAAUAUCACUGUUUCAUUGGCACUGGGCCACUGAGUAAAACUUGUGCAUCCUGAUGAA